AUGUUUUUCAUUCUAAGUCUCAAGAAGAACCUAAAACUAACCCCAGAAUACCUCGGCAAAAGAAUCAACAAGCACCUCGCUAACCUCCUCAACAGUGCAGUUGAAGGCUCAUUCGACACAAAAUUCGGCUAUAUCGUAAAAGUGCUCAAACAUGAAAAAAUUGGUGAAGGGAAGGUUCAGGACUCCAGCGGCGACGUUUUGUUCCCACUCUUAUACAAAGCUUUGGUCUUUAUGCCUUAUAAAGGUGAAGUCGUUGACGCCAUGGUGAGUCAAGUCAUGGAAGUUGGCUUCACAGCCACACUGGGACCAAUGAGCAUGUUUGUGGCGGCACAAAAUAUAGCUGCAGAUUACUAUUUGGAGCCAGAAGCUAGACCUCACCCUAGAUGGGUCAAUAAAACAGAUCCUUCAAAAACAAUUCAAGUAGGCGGCGAUGUAAGACUGAGAAUUAUGUCUGUAAGAGUCAAUGGAAAUGAAAUGAUGGGGGUUUGUGAAAUGAGUGAAGCUUAUCUAGGACCAAUUACAGUUUAA